CGAGGGCUCAGCUCCGAGGUUCCAGUCAGGAUAGUAUGUGUUGGAGUAGGUAGCAGAUAGGACAAUGGCAGAGCUGUUGUCUGUACAGGUCAGUAGGAGAUUUUGUAACUUAAAAUAAUUAAUUUACCCCUCUUUAUAAUUACUGCUGCCCCCACCCAUCUGACACACCCCAAAAUAUAAAUGUGUGUGUGCCUUCAUGGGCCCAGGUUUGGGGUUGUGCCAACAAAUUAAGUAAUAUAGGUCAUGUCCAUGGGGCAAUUAUACAAGAAAUUAUUUUGUUAUUAUCUCCCCAUGAAGCAGGUCCUGAGAUAAGCUAUAAUUUAUAUAUUAAGGAAUUUAAAAAAAAAAAAUAUAUAUAUAUAUAUAUAUAUAUAUUUGCAUUCCUUGAUUUGAGGGUGUAAAAACUUGUUCAUUAUGACUUGGGAAAAAUUCUAUCGCUAGCAUGUGCCCUAAGCCCUUUUUUUUUUUUCUUCUUUCUAUUUUCCAACCACUGUUUCAAACGGUUUUAAACCAAAAAAUAACUUUAUCUCUCAUUCAAACCCUUGGUUUCAAACAUUGCACAAUAUUUUUUAAUUACUUCUGAAUCAUCUGUUGACUGCCAAGUCCAGUGUUAAUUGCACACAGAUUCUCUACCUCACAUGAUCGGAUGUUAAUUUGCAGUGCUUAGUCUCAUAUGGUCAUCAUUUAAAAGCAUUAAAUUAAUUGUCUGUUUGUAUAAGUUUGUUUCUUUUUUAACUUUAAAAUAAAUUUCAUUUUAGAGGACAUGCACACACGCACCAAUAAUUCACUCAGUCAUGCAAUGAACUUGUUUUUUAGGAAUAAUUAAUGAAAUGGCCUUCAGAAACUCAAGACAUUUUAAAACUAAAUAAUGAAUUAGGAUUUCUAAAAAAUCAGACUGCCUUUGAGACAAAAAUAGAAUAAAUAAUAUUGCUGUGGUAAUAUUGCUUUGGUAAUCAUGCGGUAAUAAACAUGCUGUAAUAAUCUGAUAAAUACAACAAAAGCUUUACUUUAAUUAAGAGGGAAAAAAGGAAUUUGGGUGAUUUUUUUCUUUUUUAGUCUCUUUGUAAAAAGUCUCGUUCUAAAGAGUUUUAAAGCCUGUAUGAGCAAUAUGAGUCUUUCUGAUUACAGGUUCAGAUCCCUAGUCAUCUGGGGCGGUAUCUCAGACCAGAGACCAAGAAGCUUCUGCCUGACAAUGGCACCAAGGAGAAAGGUCACUGCUCUCACCUGACAAAACACAAGCCUGUGGACAUCAAGUUCAACAACUUGGGUUACUUUGUUAAAGAUGGACACAGCAGGAAAAGUAGCUCUUUUUUUAAUACUCAUUUUCAAUUAUUUUCUGUCUAGAUUCAUUAGUUUGAGGAGUUAGUGUCUGUCUAGAUUCAUUAGUUUGAGGAGUUAGUGUCUGUCUAGAUUCAUUAGUUUGAGGAGUUAGUGUCUGUCUAGAUUCAUUAGUUUGAGGAGUUAGUGUCUGUCUAGAUUCAUUAGUUUGAGGAGUUAGUGUCUGUCUAGAUUCAUUAGUUUGAGGAGUUAGUGUCUGUCUAGAUUCAUUAGUUUGAGGAGUUAGUGUCUGUCUAGAUUCAUUAGUUUGAGGAGUUAGUGUCUGUCUAGAUUCAUUAGUUUGAGGAGUUAGUGUCUGUCUAGAUUCAUUAGUUUGAGGAGUUAGUGUCUGUCUAGAUUCAUUAGUUUGAGGAGUUAGUGUCUGUCUAGAUUCAUAUUUUUUUGUUUUUGAGGGGAGUUGUUUUUUGUCUGUCUAUAUCCAGUGGCUUGAGGAGCCAAUAAUACAAAUUAAUGUUUGAAAAAUCACCUUAUUUAAAAUAAAUUCUUCUGCUGAUGUGGGACAUUGAAUCUUCAAGGCACUACUACCAUCAUGGGCGUCCACAGAAUGGGACGCCCACACUUUUGGGGCAUCCACUCAUGGAGCAUCCACACAUUUAUAGGGAUGAGCAAAUGGGAACUUUUUUUGUAAAUAAAAAUGUUAAUAUCAUUUUAAAUACCACUGCAAAUAUCAUUGUUAAUAUCAUUUUAAAUAACAUUGUAAAUAUCAUUGUUUAUAUCAUUUUAAAUACCAUUGUAAAUAUCAUUGUAAAUAUCAUUGUAAAUAUCAUUGUAAAUACCAUUGUAAAUACCAUUGUAAAUAUCAUUGUAAAUAUCAUUGUAAAUAUCAUUGUAAAUAUCAUUGUAAAUAUCAUUGUAAAUAUCAUUGUAAAUAUCAUUGUAAAUAUCAUUGUAAAUACCAUUGUAAAUAUCAUUGUAAAAACCAUGGUAAAUAUCGUUCACUGAAAAUGUAAGAUUAAAUAAGACUAAAGGCAUGAAAAUUGUAACCAAGGCACAAAAUCCAGAGGGAUUACAUUCACCAACUUUAUUCUCUGCCCAUGGGUGCUCAUGUCCCAAUCCAUAUGUUUUGUCUUACACAAACCUUUUCUGAGGCAUGUUAUUCACACAUUUCCGACCUCUUCCAUUAUAGUUCCUUCUUUAUGCUGGGGGGAAAGGCUCUGCUGAAGAGAGAUUUAUCUUCAUUAAAGUCAAACCCUGGCUCCUGUCUUUUAAUCUUUUCAGCUUCACCACCGUCCAAACCUGUUCUAAAUUUAGCAUUAGGGAAAUGACCUCUUCACCCUUGUACUUAUCUUUAAAUGUAUCAAGCAGGAAAUAAUAAGCCUGCUUCGUUUCUUGUAACGGGAGAUCUUCAUACCCUUUUGCUCAUGAAAUUGUUACCAACCAACCAAGAGAUUUAACUUGGUCAUUCAUGAUUCUGUUGUGGCAACAGUCAAACAUUGAUUCUUGAUCUAUUCUGAUUGUAGUUUUUAACAUAUUCUAAGUCAAGGCCGGCUUCCCAGUACCAAAAAGUAAUCCCAUGUAAUGAGAAACAUUAUUAAUGAAGCAAGGUCCCAUGGACAUUCAAACCAAUGUUGAAGGAAAGGAUUCAAAUGAAAACUUCCAGUAAGAGAAAAUAAAACAGAACACUCCCACUUUGGAAGAAAAAGAAAAGAUCUAUUUAGUCGUGCUUAUCCAGGGAUGAACAGCCCUAAUUAUUUUAAGUAAUUGUAGAGUCCUUUGUGUCAUGACAUAACUGGGCUGAGUGUGGUGUUAAAAGAGCCACAACUGGCUAAAGACAUAAGGAGACAGGUGAAAUGAGAAUGUAUCGGAUUUUAAUUGGCUGCUGGUCUGUAAACUUUUAUAUUUGGUACUGGACAUCUUAUAUUGAAAAGUGUUUUUGUGUGGCUCACUAAAUCAUGUUUGUCUAUCAUUGAUCUUUGAUGAAGCAGGCCUAUUAGUUAAUGCUAGCCCUACUAUAAUUGGAUAUCACUUCAUUGAACCUUGAAUACUUCUAGUGGACAAAUAUCAGUUGUAUAUUCAAUCUUUUGCUUGCUUUUAUUUGAGUCAAAUAAAUUUGCUGCAAAUAACUUUAUAAUAAGAAGCCUUACCCAAAUAUGUCAUAUUUUUUGUUUUUUUAUCAAGCAUAAGUCUGACCCUUCAAAUGGCUUAACUCUGGGUAAAUUAUAAAAUGUCCAAAUACAAUGUGGACAAUGUGCUGCCUUCAUGAGGCCAUCCACCUUGAACUUAAUUGUUCCAUAAACAGGUUCAUGGUGUGAAAAAAUUUUGGUACCAAACACAAUUUCUAAUAGUAUCCUGUAAAAGCAAUAAAAAUAGUAUUUUAACAAGAACAAUAGAUUUCUAGUUUACAAAGAAAAAUGUGGAAAUAGCGCAGGAAUAGCUUAAAAUGUUUCCAGCAUCACUUUCAAAUCUGUUUCAUUAUUAAGUAGUCUUCUUUAAACCUCUUGAGAUGGAUGGGGCAGUCAAUCGACCCAAAUAAUAAAAGCUGGCUGGUCUUCAUACCAGCUAAUCAAAUUGCGUCUCACAUUUCUUGCUCAUCUCUCCGUUUUAAUGUUGGCUUCCAUUGAUAUUUUACGGUGUUCUAUCAUUUUGUAUUAAAAAUUUGAAACUAGUGACCCCCAUUAAAUGCUAGAAAAAUAUUUGACCUUGAAUUAUGGCAAAAGGCAUAAGCAGCCUAUGGGAAUAUAUUUAUGCAGAUUUUCCACAUUGAAUCUCCUUUAAAUGAUUGUUAGGACUUAUUUAGGCUUCAGCAAUCAUAACAUUUAACAAAGGUCUGCAAAUAAGACAUUUUAUUCAAAGAGUUUUUUUAAAAAGAUGCAUAAAUUAUGCAAAUCAGGCUCUCAUUUGCAUACAUUUUGAGAUUUCAGUUUGUUUAAUAAAGAUCACAUUAUUUCAUUUAAUUCCCUCCAAUAAUAUAUAUAAAUAUAUUAUAUUUUUUAAGAAAUUAGUUAAUUUUUUAUAAUUUAUUUUGUGAAUUAAGUGCAGGACUUGCGAAAGGGCUCCGUCAUCUUGGCACAGACAGUUGGCAAAGGCUCUGUCUCAAGAGGUUUAAAAUAUUCUCUCUGCACUGUGAGACAAUGAUCUUCUUGUUCUGUCCAAUAGGUCACAAGCUGAUUCUGAAGAAUAUAUCAGGGAGGUUUGUGUCGGGUGAGCUGACAGCCAUCAUGGGACCGUCUGGUGCAGGCAAAUCUUCCCUGAUGAACAUCCUGGCAGGUUACAGGUACCCCACCGCUUUCCUUCCCACUGACAUCCUCUAGAACUUUAACCAAGAAAGGGCUUCAUUAAAGACCCAAUGCCUAGGGCUUAAACUCAAAAUCAUUGCUUCUAGACCUGUGCAGUAUGAAUGAAGAAUGUAUAACGGAAAAAAAGUCAUUAAAAAAAAAAGUUUUAUUUACAUAAAUAAAUAUGAAUAAUUAUAAAUGAAAUUUUAAAAAUUCCGUCAGUGUGGGAAUAGUAAAACCACAAAACAAGUUGUGUUAAUAGGCAUUUGAAUAAAUAACAGGAAAGUCUUCCUUCGUUUUGAUAAUAUAUAAUAUUUUGAAUAUUAACAAAACAGCACAAAUAAGGCUUACAGUAUUUUAUUUUUUCUACUCUUCAAGAUGUUUUUAAAUGAUCAAACUCGGCUCUUGAAAUCAAUAUAUGUUGUUAAAAAAAAGUUAUUUUCUCUACUAUUUCAAACAUAUUGAUAAUGGAGAGAAAAACAAAUCUUUAUGGAUGUACUACACAGAUAUUUGUUUUAUCAGCAAUGAGUUUAAAUAGUCAUUUGUGAACUAACAGCUUGAUAGCACAAAAAAAUGGAAGUCCCUUUGUUUUAGAGAAGUUCUGUUCUUGUGGGUUUCAAAUGGUCAUGACAAAUCUUUUGUUUGAUUUUUUCUAGAACGAAGAAUGUGACCGGUACACUGCUGGUGAGGAACCGCGAGCGGGACUUGCGUUCCUUCCGCAAGAUGUCCUGCUACAUCAUGCAAGACGACGAGCUGCUCCCACACCUUACUGUUGAGGAGGCCAUGAUGUGCUCGGCCAACCUCAAGCUGGACGAGAAGUUAUCCCCGCAAGCAAAGCAGGAGAUGGUAAGUCCAACGCAGACAACUCCCCAAGACAAUUAAUUCUUGUAAUAUGGGGAGGACUGCCGUCAGGUUGAAGCAAAUAGGAAUAAUAAAAAGUCAGGCAGAGUUUUCCCCAUCCCUGUACUUUAUCAAAAGCAGGAGAUGGUACGUCCAACAUAACUCGGGGGAUUUGGCACUGACACAAUAUUUUUUUAUAGAUUUUCAUGUGGGCUACAAAUAUGGAAUCAGACAUUUGUUCAGUGAUCCCUUAUCCCUGCUUUCAUGUGGGUUUUUGUAUCUUAUUGCCUUGGUGUCAUCUAGCCCACCAAUGUCAUCUAGCCCACCAGUGUCAUCUAGCCCACCAGUGUCAUCUAGCCCACCAGUGUCAUCUAGCCCACCAAUGUCAUCUAGCCCACCAGUGUCGUCUAGCCCACCAAUGUCAUCUAGCCCACCAAUGUCAUCUAGCCCACCAAUGUCAUCUAGCCCACCAAUGUCAUCUAGCCCACCAAUGUUGUUUAGCCCACCAAUGCCAUCUAGCCCACCAGUGUCAUCUAGCCCACCAGUGUCGUCUAGCCCACCUAUGCCGUCUAGCCCACCUGUGUCAUCUAGCCCACCUGUGUCGUCUAGCCCACCAGUGUCGUCUAGCCCACCAGUGUCAUCUAGCCCACCAAUGUCGUCUAGCCCACCAGUGUCAUCUAGCCCACCAGUGUCAUCUAGCCCACCAAUGUCAUCUAGCCCACCAGUGUCAUCUAGCCCACCAAUGUCAUCUAGCCCACCUACGUCAUCUUACCCACCUACAUCAUCUAGCCCACCAAUGUCAUCUAGCCCACCUAUGUCGUCUAGCCCACCUAUGUCAUCUUGCCCACCAAUGUCGUCUAGCCCACCAGAGAUUGCUUACUUGAUUCAACUCUGUUUACUAUGGUACUGGUUUGUUAAAUGGCACUGGUUUGUUAAAUGGCACUGGUUUGUUAAAUGGCACUGGUUUGUUAAAUGGCACUGGUUUGUUAAAUGGCACUGGUUUGUUAAAUGGCACUGGUUUGUUAAAUGGCACUGGUUUGUUAAAUGGCACUGGUUCGCUCAAAGUUUUAGUUUAAAAACCUGAUGAUUUAUGUCCCACUAGUCUUUUUAAAAACUAAAUAUCAAAUGAUAAACUCAAAUAGAUUUCUAGUUACUUUGUGCAUAUUCAGUUGGAUUAACAAGAACAAUAGAUUUCUAGUUACUUUGUGCAUAUUCAGUUGGAUUAACAAGAACAAUACUGAAGAUUUGAAGGAUGAUAUAAACAUUGUUUAAUUUCACUAAAACUGUCCCGACCCAGUUAAGGUACGAGGUCUCUAUCCUCUAUCGGACAGUGAUGCAGCAAAUAGUGUCAAGCCCACAUGACAAAAUGUCAUUCACUUGACCUUUGCUUUGACCAGUGAUCUAAUUUUACUCAAGUGUUGUUUUGAGAGCCCCUUUUCAUAGUAGGCCCAACUUGUAGUUUCACUCAUCAAAAUCAUAUAUUUUUUUUUAAAGUACAAGAAGUAAUUCUGAAGAUGUUUCAAGUCUUGCCAUAUAUUAUUAAUUUGGAGGGGGGCUUUGAUGUUGUCACCCACCUGUUAGCCAAAUCCCAUCAUUGAGCUGAGCAACAUUUCAAGCAUCUUUCCACUUCAGAAUUCAUAAAAUAGUCCUUUAAAAAUGUUUGGUGUUACUAUUAGAAAUUUCAAUGUUUAACACCACCCCCCCCCCCCCCCCCCCCCCCCUUUUUUACAGGUUGAUGAGAUUCUGGACACACUGAGUUUAAAUGAGGCCAAGAGGACCAGAACCUCCAACUUAUCCGGUGGGCAGAGAAAGAGGUUGUCCAUCGCCCUGGAGCUGGUCAACAACCCGCCAAUAAUGUUUUUUGACGAGCCCACCAGUGGUCUGGACAGUGCCUCGUGUUUCCAGUGUGUGUCGCUCCUGAAGAAAUUGGCCGAGGGCGGCAGAACUAUCAUUUGUACCAUACAUCAGCCGAGUGCCAAACUGUUUGAAAUGUUCAAUCAUGUAAGUAGAACUGUCACCUGUAGUUUACAUCGGCAGAGGGCCAACUAUGUAUCCUACAUGUCAUAUCAGGUCAUGACAGAGCAGCUCAAAUUCAUUACGUCACAUAAGUAUGUUAGUGUAACAUUACAAUAAACAGCAGGGCUGCUUGUGUUUACCUUUUCUCUGUGGCUACAUCAAUCACCAGGCAACUCACUUCCUUGGUUUUGAGCGGCUACAUGUUAUUGUCCCUAAAAUGUUGCACAGUGUACGUGUGACGUUAGGAUGUGUUGUUUCAGCACAUGGGGUAUUAGGCCACUUUUUAUUGUUGAGGAGGAAGGCGAUGCUCUUACCUUCACCCAGGAACACUACAGGGGAACUGGGAAUCGAAACUUUUCCCUCGGGAUUUGAGAAGGUUGUGUUGUGCAGGGGACCUUCACAUGAACAGAAUGUGGUAUCAGUGGCAGGAUGGGGCAUGCAGACAUACUGCUCGAGAAUCUUUUGCCUUGCUGCAGAGAAAUUUUCCUGGACGAAACAUUUAACUUGGUACUGAAUUUCGCCUCACCCCCCUGAUCUUACGCUACUUGAUGCCUACUUAAUGCCUACUUGAUGCCUACUUGUGGGGAAUGUUAAUGUGUAUAACAGUGAAGAUUCACCAUUCCGCAAGAAGAUAGUCUCCUUUUGCCGGAGUCUUCAGCAACCAUUGUUCAAUGAUAUGUUUGAAAAUCUACGUGAAAGAUAAGAACACAGUCCACAGCGAGGCAGUGAACACUUUGAACAUUUAGGUUACGCACACUGUGGUAAAUCCACUCGCUCAUAGUGUGUAUGUUAGUUUGUUUCCAGAGAGGACAACAAUGAAAUAUUGUUUGUCGUUUCUUUUCAGUACUGUUACUUUUGGGCCAUGCUGUAUUUUGCUAUAUUUUACAUACUUUGUACAUGUCCCUAAGAUAAUUUGUUUUAUAACACAAUUGAACUAUGUUUUUGUUCUCUAUUGUCCAGCUGUAUCUCCUGGUGUAUCUACUGUACCACAAUAUGUUGUUGUUCUCUAUUGUCCAGCUGUAUCUCCUGGUGGACGGUCAGUGUAUCUACUGUACCACAAUAUGUUGUUCUCUAUUGUCCAGCUGUGUCUCCUGGUAGACGGCCAGUGUAUCUACUGUACCACAAUAUGUUGUUCUUUAUUGUGUAGCUGUAUCUCAUGGUGGACGGCCAGUGUAUCUACUGUACCACAAUAUGUUGUUCUCUAUUGUCCAGCUGUGUCUCCUGAUGGACGGCCAGUGUAUCUACUGUACCAAAAUAUGUUGUUGUUCUCUAUUGUCCAGCUGUAUCUCCUGGUGGACGGCCAGUGUAUCUACUGUACCACAAUAUGUUGUUGUUCUCUAUUGUCUAUUGUCUAGCUGUAUCUCCUGGUGGACGGCCAGUGUAUCUACUGUACCACAAUAUGUUGUUCUUUAUUGUCUAGUGUAUCUCCUGGUGGACGGCCAGUGUAUCUACUGUACCACAAUAUGUUGUUCUCUAAAGUUUCUAGCUGUAUCUCCUGGUGGACCGCCAGUGUAUCUACUGUACCACAAUAUGUUGUUCUCUAUUGUCUAGCUGUAUCUCCUGGUGGACGGCCAAUGCAUCUACCGUGGUACCAUCAGAGCACUGCUGCCAUAUUUCAAAGAACAAGGACUUGUCUGUCCCAACUACCACAACCCUGCUGAUUACAGUAAGUUGGAACCUUGAAAACCUAACCCCUGGGGUCCUCAAACUGUUGCCCGUGGGCCAGAUCCAGCCCGCCGGGGUCAUUAUUCUGACCGCCUGGCUGCCCUAAAAGUACCUGGCUAGCAGGAAAAAAAUAAUACGGAACCGAACAUUGAUCAUCUCAUUAGACAAAAGCAGUCCCCUACUUUUCAUUCAAACUUAAGUUUACAUUGGAUACAUUUUUUCUUCAUUUUAAAUAUGUUAUUGUAUUUUCAAGGUUUUUUUUUCCUUACGCGCAGUGUGCAAAGGAUUUGUAUUUUUAAAAAUUAUUGUCCAUCUCCUGACAGUGUCUGAGGACACUGAUCCCGACCCAUUUUAGAAAAAAUUUUGAGGACCCCUAACUUAACCUCUUGGACACCUAAGAAAAAUCUGUUAAUUUUUAUAUUCAACUUUAAUCUCAAAAAAUAUAUUUAUUUCAUUAUUGAAGGAUGUGUGCUAGGCUAGUUGUAUCUUCCUGUAUGUAGGUGCAUGAAACUUGAGGUUUGAAGAACUUAUUAAGACCCAGUUUUUGGUACAAUUCUGCCUAUCACUACCCCCACCCCCGACCAAUUGUUAAAUUUCCCCAGACCAUUCAUAACCAAACCUGACCUGACCAUUCGUAACCAAACCUGAUUUGACCAAUCAUUACCAAACCUUAACUUACCAUUCAUUACCAAACUUUAACUGAUCAUUCAUUACCAAACCUGAUCUGACAAUCAUUACCAAACUUUAACUGACCAUUCAUUACCAAACCUGAUCUAACCAAUCAUUACCAAACUUUGACUGACCAUUCAUUACGAAACCUUAACUUACCAUUCAUUACCAAACUUUAACUGAUCAUUCAUUACCAAACCUGAUCUGACCAUUCAUUACCAAACUUUAACUGACCAUUCAUUGCCAAACCUGAUCUGACCAUUCAUUAUGAAACUUCGCCUGACCAUUCAUUAUCAAACCCGCCGGCAUGACCAUUCACUCACCAGACAAGUCACUCAACUGAACCAUCCUCAUAACUUCCAUUAAUUUUGAUUAGUUUAUUUUUCUAUAAUUUUCUCUUCAGUCAUGGAGGUGGCAGCAGGUGAAUAUGGUGAGAAACAUGUGCUCAAGUUGAUAGAGGCACUCAACAGCGGCAAGUGUGACCCUUUCCAGGUCAGUUGGCAACAAAAUAGAUCUGUUCAAUGGAAAUCUUUGUCAAGUAUAAAUCACCAGAUCUCAUUUAAACUAGCUUUUCCUAAUGAAGGCAACAUGAUCUUUAGAUAGUUCUUAUUGUACAACAUGGGCUCGGUUACAGAAAAAUUUGUUUGAAAGAAAUUUCUUCGACUGAAAAUUGAUUGACAGAAAUUUGAUUACAUGGAAAUUUGGUUGACCAUUAUUUUGUUUUACAAUAUAGUAUAGUGCGUUCAAAAGAAAUUUUAACGUGUGAACUGAAAAAAAGAUUCAACCAAAUUUCUUUCAAACAAAUUUCUGGAUACGCAUAGGCUCAAUACUGGGCCAUUUAUUUUCCUUCCAAUGUAUACUUUUCAACUGGUUAUAACAGUGUACUUAAGACUUUCUUAAUUUAAAACAAACCCCAUGUUAAAAGAAGUUUUUCCCCUCCAACUAUUAUCUUGUUUUUUGUUAUUUUAAAAGCUUUAAUCAAUUUCACUUGCAUACAUGUAUGAGACAAUUAUGAAUUAUUAGAUAUAAUUGUAGUAGUAAUAAUUAUUUUACAAUUUGAGAUAUAUUGAGACUUUUGAAAUAUGUUAGUAUUUUUCUCCUCAGAUGGACUACGACAGGCAGAUGUCUGGCAGAGGUUCUCACACCCCAUCAGUGCACUCCUGUGAGGAUGAAACGGCCAACCAUCAGGCCGCCACGCAGCUCAACAACACGGAGGGGGCCGCCCACCUGGGCGACAACACCUCCCUCAACUGCGGCGACCGCUGCGGUGACAGAUACAACUACAGUGAAACCAAAACGACGGGGUGCCACCCGUCACCCACGGCCAGGACCAACGGGGCCUGUUUCCCACACUACAGAAACCAAGAAGUGAGUUUCUCCGCUACUGCUCUGGGAAUGCUUGAGCAGGAGUUUUUUUUACCUAGCUGUGUUAGACCUCACCUAUCAGUAAUUUUCCUCAAGUUUUUAUUUACAACUGCUUUCAGAUUGAACAACUUUUAAUAUUUUAUCACACCCUUUUUAUUUUUAAAAUUCUUUCACACUUAUGCUAUAGGAAUGCCUUUCCUUAUAAAAAAAAAUUUCAUUGGAUUUACUAUUGGAUUAAACUAUGAUACCUAAGUUUUAAGACAUAUUAUUUUAGUGCAUUUCAAGAUGUUCGUCAGAGGGGAAGAUUCUGCAUAGUUUUCUAGGUCCUUACAUUGUUAGUAGAAUAUUAUCUGUUAGAUAGAAGCCAACAUUGUUGUUUUAUCAGCCAUAAAUCUUAACAGCAUGUGUUUCGAAAUCCCCGACUCUUGUUACUUUUAACGCUGCCAAGCAAGAAAGUUGGAGAUUGAAUUUUAGUCAUUUCGAGGGGGGGGGGGGGGGGGGCUAGUCUCAACAAAAGCCAGAUUUCUACCAGCAGUUUAAUGGAGUUCUCCUACAAGAUAGACCUUUAGAAGGUUUCUUCCAAAGCACGCUUUAGAUCACAUGGCAUUCUACUUGGCAUAUAAUAACUUUUAUUGGGGAUUUUAUAUUAGAUCACAUGGCAUUCUACUUGGCAUAUAAUAACUUUUAUUGGGGAUUUUAUAUUAGAUCACAUGGCAUUCUACUUGGCAUAUAAUAACUUUUAUUGGGGAUUUUAUAUUAGAUCACAUGGCAUUCUACUUGGCAUAUAAUAACUUUUAUUGGGGAUUUUAUAUUAGAUCACAUGGCAUUCUACUUGGCAUAUAAUAACUUUUAUUGGGGAUUUUAUAUUAGAUCACAUGGCAUUCUACUUGGCAUAUAAUAACUUUUAUUGGGGAUUUUAUAUUAGAUCACAUGGCAUUCUACUUGGCAUAUAAUAACUUUUAUUGGGGAUUUUAUAUUAGAUCACAUGGCAUUCUACUUGGCAUAUAAUAACUUUUAUUGGGGAUUUUAUAUUUUUAAAGCUGUUUUUAAAUCUUGUAUUUGAAAAAAGAAAACUUUUUAUUUUUCAGUUGAAUAAAAUGUUCAAACAUAUAUAUAAAUUAUUCACAGUUAAAGGCUAAAAGCCAAGGUACCUGCAGUAUCGGUUAAUUCCCUCAUAGUUUUGUUAUAUCUUUUUAUAGUUAUACAUGUCAUUAUUUUCACCCUUUCACUGUUGAUUUUGUCAUGUCCCCCAACAGCCUGGAGUAUCAUGGGAGGUUAGUUAGUUGCCCUGCCCUUGUGUUGAGUGUCUUCAUGUACACACAAACAGAUCUAUAUGGGCUUUGAUAACCGUCAUGCUUUUAAACGUACUCGUUGCUGUAGUGUCAUAUAACGUCAGAGUCAGAACUUGUCUUUCAGUUGCUGCCUCAUAUUCAUGUUCACACUCUGAAUUCAGAGGUCACUCUAAGAAAUUCUAAACAGUUUUUUGGGAUAGGUCAUCCGUCCUCACUUAAAAAAACAAAAACAACUCGAGUCUUGGGCUGGUGACAGUCCUGAUUAUUUCACAGACACUGCAGCAUACCUUUUAAUAAUACCACAUAAAAGUGUUGUGUCAAUGUACAUUUUGUUGUUUUUUGAUUGUUGUUGUCAAUGUGUUGAUGUCUAUAAAGGGAAUAAAUGUUGUGAAUAUAUUUUUGCCAUCCUAUUUCCCAUUGUUAUAUAAUGCAUUUUUUGCCUUAUUUAUGUUCUCACCAGCAAGGAGAAAGUUUUGAGGUUAGUUGUCCUGGCGUGGUUGUGGGAAAUCAUUUCCAUUGGGUAUGGAUCUGCUUUUUUAUUCAAAGUCUUUGUGGUGCUUCUCAAAUAUAUUGACACAUACCCCAGUAUAAUGGCAAAUGUCUGUUUUGUUGUUUUUUUUAAAUUAUAAAAAUAUUAAUCAUUUAUGGAGAAGGGUCAACUAUGUGGAUUUAAGAAUACAUAAUCUGACAUUAACCGUAUGGGAAAGACUUCUGUGAUGCAAUGUUUGUAGUACUACUAAAAUAAUGGAUAGUACAUAAGGUACUGCGUUCAAGUCAUGUAAAGUACAUUAAUAGUGGAACAAGAUAUAUUUAGGCUUCAUAAGAAAAGACAAGACAUGUAAGAAGCAUCAGCUUAAUUGUCCUGUCUUCUUAUGUUCAAGGCUAAACAUAUCUUGUUCCACUGUUAACUAGCUGAAAUAAAAAAUUGUUAAGAAUAAAAUAUGUAUAUUGUUAUAUCACUUCCUUUAAACUCGCAUUGGUGUUUUACACUUAAAAAUUUUAAGUCAGACUGUAACACUGUUAAGGUGAAAAGAAACAGACAAGAUUGUUUCAAGAUAGAGUUGAUGUUAUUCACUUGACUCUGUUAGCCUUAUAUAUAGUAAUACCACAGAUAUUGCAGGGUUAUGUCCCAAGACACCCUCCAUGCUUGAAAUGCAACAAACUAUGAAGUAGGAUUUAUAAAUAAUUUGAAGCUUAAUAUUUGUUUAAUAAGUUUUAAUUAAAAAUUAUAUUUAUAUUAUUUUCAUAUAUUUUAGGCUAGAAAAUGCUUAUUUUACUGCAGAUAAUUAAAACAACAAAUAAAUAAAAAUAUGUGUAAUGUAUACCGCAAAAAUCCCGCAAAAUAGUGAAAAAAAUCUGCAGAACUUGUCCUAUGAGAAAACAUGCAAAAGAGUGAGGAUUCAAAAUAUGAACCCUGGGUUAUUGCUGUACUACAACUGGCAUAAAGAAUUUAGUUAAAGAAUCAGUUUCUAAUGGACGGACCUGACUUGUCGUGUUUGGUCUUGAAGUAUGUAUUGCUUCCAAUAGCUCUCACCUGACUUGUCAUGUUUGGUCUUGGAGUAUAUCUCGCUUCCAAUAGCUCUCACCUGCUACCACCCAUUGCUGCUAGGAUGUUGUUGACAAGUAAUUUAAUAUGCUUACCUUGUGUGGCACAAUUACAAUGGGUGGGCCCCCAGCUAAAUCCUCCUCUAUAAAACAUAAAGUUUAUUUGGGUUCUAUGUUCAUUUCUAAAAGCUGCACCUAUGUAUGAUAUAUUUUAAAUUCAUUUUAAAAAGAUAAUUUCUUUUAAAAAGUACUUUUGUAUUUGUGGUGUGUGAUAUAACAAUUCAAUUGUGAAAUGUGAUACAACAAUUUAGAAAUGUGAUACAACAAUUAAGAAAUCUUAAACUAACUUAAUGCUAAAAUGCAGCAGCUGAGAUCUGAUUUUUUUUUUACUACACAAAAUAAUCACCAGGAUGUGCACAAAUAUUUUUGUUGGUACUUUUUAUGUGAGAUCUCUGGAUCAUGUUAGUCGGGUCCAUCUAGCCGACCUCUCUCCCCUGAAGUUAGUUAUGCCACUGAUUGUCAUCACUUAAUCUGUGAUUUGCUGUGAUAACCCUUGAAUGUAUGUAAUCAAGAUUCUUUAUAACAACUAUACCUUGACCCUGUGUGCUCCUCUUGCAAGUAACAACCUUGUACAGAUUGUAGGACCCUGAAAACAAUUAAAAGCUCAACUCCCCCCUCCCCUUCUCACCUUCCCCCCUCCCCCUUCUCACCUUCUACACCCCCUACCCAAAACAAAACCUAAUGAAGACUAUUCAAAGCAUACAUUUGAAGUUAAUGAUAAUAAAAAAAUUUUUAUUCUAUGACUGUGUAAUGAGGGUUAAUGUUCCUGACACUGUGUAAUGAGAGUUAGUGUUCCUGACUUACAUAAAGUUUGUUAUGAAAGCUUCAGCUUAUCAUAGUAUUUUACUUAUAGUGGCCUGCAUUGAUAUGUUUCAGAAAUAAAUGUAAUUAACUUUAUGCGCUGAAAUACAAUUAAUGAGCAUCUUGGUGGUUUCUUUCUCACUUUGUUACCGUUGAAACCAAGUCAUAUCUUGUCCACUUGGUUCACAAUCUGUUGACACGCAUUAGUUGGUCCUCGUGGUUCACAAACUGUUGACAACCAUUAGUAGGUCCACUUGGUUCACAUCUGUUGACAAGCAUUAGUAGUAGCAUCUUGUCUGUGCAUUUCACACAACAUGCUUGGUGAAUCUCCAGAAUGGCAACCAAUGACGGUAUGAUUAAAUCAUAUUUUGGAUUUAACCGGGCAUUCACCUAGAUUAUUUAUAUUAGGUUUUAGCCGGGUGCUGACCUGGCUAAAUGAAGGUGCAGAGCAUUAUCACACCCGGCACAUACUCGGACCAUCCAAAAAAACUGGAACUGGGUCCGGGCAUUCUUCUUGUUUUCUAUAAUGUGUUCCACCAAAUGGGGAAAAGUGACUGGGACCCACUCGGUAUUGUCUCAAAAUUCAUGGACCUGAAUUGUAAAAUAAAAAUGCCCCCAGCUCAGCCCUAACAUAUUUAUAGCUCUUAUAAUGUCUGAAUGCCUAGUUGUCUCACAUGAUCCAUAUUCCUGACAUGUUUAUGUUGGCAAGGUUUGCCGUAACAUAAAUAAGUAAAACAGGUUUUGUUAAAGUGCCUUCUAUUUUUAUUCAAUCAUGUUUAAAAAUAACUUAGACCCAGGUCCAAUCAGUUCCAUUCUACUGACGAUUGUACAUAGCAAGCAGUUUUAAAAUGAACAUAUACAUUUAAAUAUGAAGUACUAAAUAGUUUUAAAAUGAACAUUUAAAUAUGAAGUACUAAAUAGUUUUAAAAUGAACAUUUAAAUAUGAAGUACUAAAUAGUUUUAAAAUGAACAUUUAAAUAUUAAGGACUUGUCCCCUCCUUUUUUUUUAUUUGUAGGUCUAAAGUGCUGUAAAAUUGUGUAAGACUUAUAAAUACAAACAUCACUAUCAGACUAAUUCUAACCAAACCAAAGUGGAACUGCUCUUUUUGGAAGUGUUUAUUUUUAAAAUCAUUGUGAAAACAUUUAAUCAUUGUGACAACUUUUAAUCAUUAUGAUAACAUUUAAUCGUUGUGACAACUUUUAAUCAUGAUGAAAGCAUUUAAUCAUUGUACUUUCUUGUCCUACCAUUUUACCAACAAACAUUAUGUUGAUCUCCCCAAUAAAGUCUUCUCCAAAAAUGCUCUAUCAAAUGUUCAAAAGUCCCUACGUGUCAGCCUAAUCCUAUUUACAGCCUUGCUAUUUAUUCAUGUGUUCAGUAGGUCAAGUCAUCUUGAUUAAAUUAAUUGGUUCUUUAUGAACUUCUUUUCUUUUAGUCCUAUGAUCAAUCAGUAGUGUGUGCCACAUAAUUGUUCAAAACAUUCAAUUUAACACAAAGUUGUGCUGUACUGAAUUAGUAACUGUGUUUUAGUAUAUUUAAACUCUUAUUGGAUUUUAAUACUAAAAAUAAAUGAAAGUGUAACCCUUUAAUUUGUGUGUGUGUGUGUGGGUUUGUGGUGUAGGGUAGUGUGGUGGGUGUGUGGUUUGUGUGCAUGGUGUGUAUUGCAGACCUGUUUACCCUCAAACUCUUAAAAUCGUACAAUAUCUUCGUUCAAUCGUUCUCUUUAUUGAAAAAAGAAACGUUGAGUAUAUAUAAUGUAUACGCCUACACCUUAAAAUCGUACAUUGUACGCCAAAAUCGUAAGAGUAAACAGGUCUGGUGUUGUAUGUGUGGUUUUUGUGGGGGUGAUCUGGGUGUGUGCAUGGUAUGGGUGGCUGAGUGGUGUGGUGGGUGGAUGGGAAGUGAUUGUGUGGGAUGGCCAGUCUGUUGGGGUUUGGUGAGCUGUGUGUGGAAGUGUGUUUUUGUGGGUGGUAUGUGUGUGGUGGGCUGUGUGGGGGUGGAGUGGUGGGGUGUGAUAGUGUGGGGACAGGUGGUGGUUUGUUAAUGGGUGGGGGGCAUGGUGGUGUGUGUGAUGGGUGGGGGGGUGUAUUUUUAUGGGUGUGUGUAUGGGGGUAGUGGGGCGUUGAUAGUAUUGGGUGGUGUGGGUGGUUGUGGGAUGGUGGGGAUCUUGGCUUUGGUGGGUGCGGUGGUUUGUGUAUAAUAUCACUAACACCAUUUUCUUUCAUUUCUAUUAUUUUGUUUAAAUUUAAUUAAAUAUGUUACUUAAAAUAUAAAGAUUGAUUUCUGAAAAUUCAUUUACUUAAAGCUAGACACAUCACCAUAAGUGUAACAAUAAGUUUUCAUACAUUUUGCUAAUGUCUAUUUAUUGUUAUAGUUUCAAACGUAGCCCCAAGGUUUUGUAAACUUAAAUCUUGAAAUGUUACUUGAGCAAAUUUGUCUACAUGCAAUUCUAACAGCAGUUAUGAUAAGGGACAUGGAAUAGUUCACACAUUAGCUCAUUCUUUGUUUGUUGAUAGACAUGUAACAUUAUAGGAAAUUAAUUAUUUUUUUAAAUGUUCAGGUGCGCAAUAUCAUUAUGUCUGUUUGUAGAGCCUUUCAAAUGCCUUGAGGCUUGUACUACGUGUCAGUGAAAUUAACUUUUUUUAAAAAAACAUUUAUCGGAAUAUCAUAUUUAAUAUGCCCCCCAUCCCCUCAGAUUUGAUUUAAUCUAAUUAAUAAAAAAAAAUAGUGCUGUAUUUUGACCAUGUAUUUUCUAUUGUCUAUCCAUAGGACCUGCCUGUCGACCAGGAGUGCCAUACGUUCAACACCAGCUGUCUCACACAGUUCAGGGUGCUUUUUAUACGCACGUUCAUGUCCAUAGUCCGAGAUGCUGUAAGUAAGACAUCAUUACACCAUGUUCGACACCCAAGGUUGUUUUUUCAUAAAAAUAUUUAACUCUAAGUAUCUGCGGACUAAGUUCCACACAAAAAAAUUCCCAUAAAAGUCAUUGUUGAGAAUCACCAGGAAUAUUGUAAUUUUCACUCUGUAUAAUGACAUUUGACUGCUGAUUGAUUGAUGCCUGUUAAAACAUAACAAUUCUAUUUAAUGUUCUGAAGUCGUGAUUGUAAAAUUGUUGAUUAUCUUUGAAUGAUAACAUUUUUGGGAUACUCAAUUAUAUUAUGUUGUUUUUUUGUGUGUAUUUUUUUUUAAUUUCUUAUCUUUAUGUGUUGAAGAGUUGACUAAAUGGAGGAAUAAACACAUGUUAAGUAUUUAAGUACAGCCAGUGUAGUGUACAAGGGAAGCUUGGUACAGCCAGUGUAGUGUACAAGGGAAGCUUGGUAAGCCAGUGUAGUGUACAAGGGAAGCUUGGUACAGCCAGUGUAGUGUACAAGGGAAGCUUGGUACAGCCAGUGUAGUGUACAAGGGAAAGUUUGGUACAGCCAGUGUAGUGUACAAGGGAAAGUUUGGUACAGCCAGUGUAGUGUACAAGGGAAGCUUGGUAAGCCAGUGUAGUGUACAAGGGAAGCUUGGUACAGCCAGUGUCAUGUACAAGGGAAGCUUGGUACAGCCAGUGUCAUGUACAAGGGAAGCUUGUUACAACCAGUGUCAUGUACAAGGGAAGCUUGGUACAGCCAGUGUGGUGUACAAGGGAAGCUUGUUACAGCCAGUGUGGUGUACAAGGGAAGCUUGUUUGCAUGUGUGUUAGAUGGGGGAAUGUUGGCAAGAGCAAGGACCAUUAAGAAAGAAACUGUCCUGCAUAAUAAAUGAUGGUCACUAAUUCUCUGACGUCAUUCCUCUAGCUCUAACUAUUUAUGUAUCUCCUCCACAGACAUUAACCCGCCUGCGUCUCAUCUCCCAUCUGACUGUGGGAAUUCUCAUCGGCCUGCUGUACCUGGGUAUAGGGAACGAGGCCAGCAAGGUUUUCAACAACGCAGGCUGUCUCUUCUUUUGUAUGCUCUUCCUGAUGUUCACGGCCCUCAUGCCGACUGUCUUGACCUGUAAGUACCAGUUGACUGAUACUCUUUGCCUACUGACCCAGUCUUGACCUGUAAUUACCAGUUGACUGAUCCUCUUUGCCUACUGACCCAGUUUUGACCUGUAAGUACCAGUUGACUGAUCCUCUUUGCCUACUGACCCAGUCUUGACCUGUAAGUACCAGUUGACUGAUCCUCUUUGCCUACUGACCCAGUUUUGACCUGUAAGUACCAGUUGACUGAUCCUCUUUGCCUACUGACCCAGUCUUGACCUGUAAGUACCAGUUGACUGAUCCUCUUUGCCUACUGACCCAGUUCUGACCUGUAUGUACCAGUUGACUGAUCCUCUUUGCCUACUGACCCAGUCUUGACCUGUAAGCACCAGUUGACUGAUCCUCUUUGCCUACUGACCCAGUUUUGACCUGUAUGUACCAGUUGACUGAUCCUCUUUGCCUACUGACCCAGUUUUGAUGUGUAAGUACCAGUUGACUGAUCCUCUUUGCCUACUGACCCAGUCUUGACCUGUAAGUUCCAGUUGACUGAUCCUCUUUGCCUACUGACCCAGUUUUGAACUGUAAGUACCAGUUGACUGAUCCUCUUUGCCUACUGACCCAGUUUUGACCUGUAAGUGUCAGUUGACUGAUCCUCUUUGCCUACUGACCCAGUUUUUACCUGUAAGUACCAGUUGACUCAUCCUCUUUGCCUACUGACCCAGUUUUGGUCUGCGUUUGGACUGACUUCAGUUGAAAAAAUAAUGGAGGAAACUAUCACUUAGAAAUAAUAGCCAGAUAGAUUUGUUUCAUAUUAAUCUCAAAGGAAAUAUUAGCCAGAUAGAUUUGUUUCAUAUUAAUCUCAAAUGAAAAGGAAAUGAAAGAAAAUAAAGUGGCAAGACAAAUGUCAAACAUCAAUAGAAAACACUGGCAUUUAAUAGUAUAAAACACUGGCAUUUAAUAGUAUAAAACACUGGCAUUUAAUAGUAUAAAAAACACUGGCAUUUAAUAGUAUAAAAAACACUGGCAUUUAAUAGUAUAAAAAACACUGGCAUUUAAUAGUAUAAAAAACACUGGCAUUUAAUAGUAUAAAACACUGGCAUUUAAUAGUAUAAAAAACACUGGCAUUUAAUAGUAUAAAACACUGGCAUUUAAUAGUAUAAAAAACACUGGCAUUUAAUAGUAUAAAACACUGGCAUUCAAAAAGUAUUUAAAAAUUGCAUUUAAUAGUAUAAAACACUGGCAUUUAAUAAUAUAAAACACUGGCAUUUAAUAGUAUAAAACACUGGCAUUUAAUAGUAUAAAAAACACUGGCAUUUAAUAGUAUAAAACACUGGCAUUUAAUAGUAUAAAAAACACUGGCAUUUAAUAGUAUAAAACACUGCCAUUCAAAAAGUAUUUAAAAAUUGCAUUAAAUAGUAUCAAUAAAUUGAAUUCUUUGUCAUUGUAGAAUAGAUUGUGUGAACAAUUCUAGAACUGCACAUUUCAUGUCACCAAAAAUAGCAGAUGUAAAUGUGUUAUUAAAUAUGUCCAACUGUCUCCAGUCCCAAUUGAGAUGACUGUGUUUGUCAGAGAACAUCUCAACUAUUGGUACAGUCUCAAGGCCUACUACCUGGCCAAGACCAUGGCGGACAUGCCCUUUCAGGUCUGUUGAAUUGUUGAAGUCUUGUACAACAGAACUGUAUCAGAAUCAUUUUCUAACAACAAACUUGAGCUGGGUGACUUGUGACAACAGUGUCCAUGUCACAGAACAACAGCACUCAAUCACUAGUAAAGCACCCAAACAGAUGAAUAACAGCACUCAAUCACUAGUACAGCACCCAAAAGGAUGCACAACAGCACUCAAUCACUAGUACAUCACCCAAACAGAUGAACAACAGCACUCAAUCAUUAGUACAGCACCCAAAAGGAUGCACAACAGCACUGAAUCACUAGUACAUCACCCAAACAGAUGAACAACAGCACUCAAUCACUAGUACAUCACCCAAACAGAUGAACAACAAUACUCAAUCACUAGUACAGCACCCAAACAGAUGAACAACAGCACUCAAUCACUAGUACAGCACCUAAAAGGAUGCACAACAGCACUCAUACAGCUGUGCAUUAUUAUCCGGGCAGCAGUACAACAGCUCUUUGAAUUUUCAGAUCAUAUUUUCCCUGGUGUAUGGGAGCAUUGUGUACUGGAUGACCUCUCAGCCCAACGACUUUGUCAGGUUUGUCAUGUUCCUGACACUGUCGACGCAGACGUCACUGGUGGCACAGAGUUUGGGCCUUUUGAUAGGGGCUGCAACGUCUCUGCAGGUGGGGACUAUUAUUAUUUUGAAAAAGAUUGUUUUGGCACAUCUGCCUUAUUACCGGUAGUAGGAAGUAGGUCUCAUGAUAUCUGGAAGUAGGUAUCAUAUCUGGAAGUAGAUCUCAUUAUAUCUGGAAGUAGGUCUCAUUAUAUCUGGAAUUACCCAAAGCUGUGUCAAAUAUUUUUGUUUGUGCAUUACAAACAUGAAGGAAAUGGUAAUCACCUGUGAUUGUAGUGAGCAAUUAAAACCAUAAAUAAGACCAGGCAAUCCAGGACAAGACACAUGAUGAAAUUGUUUGUUCCAAAAACAUUUUCAAACAUUCCAACUUUUUUAAUACAUUCAUUUCCACUCUUACAAUUUUCUGCUGUAGUAAUGAUUACCACUUUUCCCGCCACAUGUAAUAUGUUUAUAAGGAUCUGUUUCCAGAUUUUUUUAUAUGUGAUCUUAAUUUAUAUGAUCUUAGGAAUCACAUACAUUGUGCAUAGUUUAAUAUGUGGUAGUAAUAUCAUGUUUCCAUUGUCACAACAGGUUGCCGUGUUCCUAGGGCCAGUUACGGCCAUCCCCAUUCUGUUGUUUAGUGGAUUCUUUGUCAACUUUGACACCAUCCCAGCAUAUCUACAGUGGCUGUCCUAUAUCUCUUAUGUCAGGUAUUCAAGUCAAAUCUGCCCCAUCAGUCCGCUAAAUACAGUGUGAAUCAAUUCCAUCAGUCUGUCAGCCACAGAGUAAAUCAGAUCCAGCCUUGGGCUCCCUCAAUCACAUUAGUAUAAAUUAGCUACCAAUCAAUCACGUUAGUGUAAGAUCAUUACAUAAAUCACAAUAGUGUUAAUUAGCUCCAUCAAUAACAUUUGUGUAACAUAGUUACAUAGAUCACAGUGUAAAUCAGCUCCAUCAGUCUCAAAUAGUUUCUCAAUAUAAUCAAAUAUUUUUAUUUAGAAUAAAGCACCCAAGCAUUGAUUACAGUGCUACACAAUGUCAGCUAGAAAUAAUGUACAAUUAAAAUCCGAUUAUAUUCUCUUUCCCUUGUUUCCAGAUACUCAUUUGAAGGUACCCUGCAAGCCAUCUACGGAUCCGAUCGGGGUGACCUUGACUGCGAUGAAAACCAGUGCAUUUUUCGGCAGGGCACGGACGUCCUCAAAGAGCUGGACGUGGAGGAUGCCAAAUUUUACAUAGACUUUAUCGUGCUCUGCUGUUUCUUUGUGGUGCUGAGGGCCGGCUGCUACUUGGUCUUACGGUGGAGGGUCAAAGCACAGAGAUGAGGACAGCCCGCCGGGGCUCUGUUAGGUUUAUUCAAUGUUUACAUCACAACCGGGUAUUACUUCGUUUAGCGCUGCUGGGCUGUACUUGGCUGUGUCCAAGUUAAUUGACCUGCUUACGGACACAAGUUUUCAUUACUCAUCAUAGUAUUCAACUGGUGGAUUUAUUCGCAGGCAGAACAUGGCCUGGAAUUUCAUUGUGCUACUCUCUAAGGAGGAUUAUUUAAGGAGUGAGUUAUUGGAUAUCAAUAUUUCUGUGCGUGUUCAUUGCAGAUUUUCAGAAUUAAACAUGUUUAUGGGAAAUGGAGAAUGAAAUUUUCUCUAGAGGCAUGAGAUCGUAGCGACUGUUGUAGUAGUAAAAUAGACUACCGUUCGACUGAUACAAAACCUUACUGGCAAUGUCUUCACUGAAGAUCCAUUAGAACCCGCUGGUUAACUCUAGUGGUCCACUCUUGUACACAUUUUUACUUUUGGCCUAGGCAAUCAACACCAUUAUGUGGACACGGUGUACAAUCAUUGUACAUUGUCAAUGAAAGGUCAUGAGAAAAUUUCAACUAAUUAUGAAACAAUUCUUGGAGAUAAAGAAAAAAGACAAACAGUUUAUUCUGGACUCAACUUUUUGCGUCUGAUUGUGGAAUUACAGAGUAUAUGUGGAAUCACAG